GCUCUUAUUAGGUAGGGCCCUCCCCUCCUCUAAACAUAGGUGCACCCAAAACAAACCCUUGUUGAGUCCUUCUCUCUUAUAUAUAGACCCCACACCACCCUCCCUCUUCUUCCUCCUCCUCCUCCCCCAUUAUCUCUCCUCUCUCUCUCUCUCUCUCUAGCUCAUUCUACCAUUUCUCUCUCUCUCUCUCUCUUCUACUGGUCUAGGAAAAAAGAAAGAAGAAAGGAAAAGCAGCUAGGCGGCAGGCAGCUGCACCACGCACGGUCGCACGCACGUCGCCCGGCUGCCGGCCAUGGGGUUCCCGUCGGUGUGCUACUGCGUGAUCCUGCCGCAGCCGCUGAUCCUGGUGCUGCAGCUGCUGGACUUCCUCCGGCACGCCGUGCUGCUGUGCCUGUCCUCGCUGGGCCUCGCGGCGUCGCCGGCCGCCGACGACCACCCGGCCUACUACGCGGCCCCGCCGGCGCCGGCCGACCUCUGGGCGCUGCAGCCGUCGUCGUCGUCCCUGCUGCUGCUGCAGGCGGGGGCGGCGCCCCUGCAGGAGGCGCCCACGCCGGCCGCCAUCAAGGCCCGGCUCCCCGCCGUCCGGUACGCCGACCUCCUCAGGUCCCGCCGCGCAUCCGCGUCGCCGCCGGCCCCGGUCCCGGCCGUGUGCGCGGUGUGCCUGGGCGCGCUCGAGGCGCGGCACCGCGUCCGGGAGCUCGGCAACUGCGCGCACGCCUUCCACAAGGCCUGCAUCGACAAGUGGGUCGACAAGGGCCAGGCCACCUGCCCGCUCUGCCGCGCCCUCCUCCUCCCCGACCCCUCCAGCGCCGGCGCCGGCGACGCCGUCGGCGAGCUCGCCUCCUCCCCCUUCUCCUUCUGAAACCGCUCCCGCUCCAAGCAACCAAGCAAGCUAGUGAAGGCACCGCACACACCCACACGGACACGGCCGGGCCGGCGGCCGACUGGGAGGCAGAGCAAGGUCAGUAACUAGUUUAUACCUACCUACAGUACCUGAAGCUAGCUGAUGAGAUGAGCCCCGUCGUACGGCCGGCGGCCCGGUCCACCAUGGAUCCAAGCUUUUUAAUUUGUUUCUUGGAAGCAAUGAAAUGGAGAGGGAGAGAGAGAGAGAGAGAGAGAGAGAGAGAGAGGAGGUGUCAGUGAGCGUGAGGUGGUGCAGUAUGAUUGGUAGGUGAGGCACUAAUUAUGAGGAGGACAGGGAUGGCUACCUGCAUUGGAUCUGGUGAAUGCAAGAUCCACCCAUCCACUCCACUCCACCCUUUUCUCCUGCAACUCCAAUUCACCCAUCUCAAUUACUCUCUCUCUCUUUUGUUUAUUAUGAUAUUAUUAGUUUUUUUCCUUUUCUUUUUUUUUCUGUGGUUCCACUCAUAUGAUUAUUAACUUAAUUUGUGAGGGGGAGCCAAGGAAGAGAGAUGUACAUUGUACAUAGCAGCUGCAUGCCUCCACUUGACAAUAUUAUUGGGAUGGAACAAAAUAAUUUGUCUCUCACAUGCACUUGCCAACAAAAGUAAUCUCUGUGUGUAUACAUAUGUGUGUUGAGCUAGCUGUGCUCGUGCUCCCCCUGCCGUGUGAUGUCAUUAGCAUAGUGCAAUUUGGCUGGUUGUGUCUGUGCCAUGAUGUAAUGCAUGGGUGGUGAUGGGUGUGUAUCUCGAUCUAAUUGGGGUUCCCAACGGAUAUGCCCCUCUCAUGUUUGGUGAUUAGGGGGCCUCUCUGGUCUCUUAACCACCGUGUAGGGGGGACAAUCAGGAUAUGAGCCUUGCUUAACGCAACGUGCAAGUGCCUAGGUCACGCCACUAGCCCCCCUUGGGUAUACGUAGGCAUGAUGUUGUGCCGUAGUACUUCUUGGUAAUUCUAUAGCAUAGCAUAGCAUAGUAUAGUAUAUAUGAGCAAGGUAGGAGAGUAGUUAACAAUGGAGUUCCCUAUAAUGUGCUUGGAUUCUAGCUAGCUAGGACUACCAUGUGUAAGUAGUAGCAGCAGCAGUAACAGUAGUAGUAUGUAAAAGCAGAUGUAAAAGGGUUCGGUAUUGGAAAAACUAUUUCCUGUGUAGUAGUGUGUUGCAAAAUGUGAGCCGUUUAA